CAUUGGUAGUACAGCCACACGCCAGUCUCCCGUCAGUGCCUUUAUUCACCUGAAGAAUGAUGUUGCCAGUUCUCCUUCACGUGGGCAUCUUCUUCAUGGCAUUUCCUGACAGGGUGCCAGGGAAAACCUUUCGCCAGAUGCUGUUUAGACAAGACAUGAUGUUUGACAACAUUCUUGUUUCAGAAAAUGUUGUUUUUCAAAUAUCGGACAUUAAAAACGCCAUUUCCUGCGCUAGAUCAUGCCUUGCGCAGUCGGAAUGUGAUUCCUUCUUUUAUAACGAAGAUCGCCAAGUCUGUAGUGGUCAGCAAUCUUCUCUAAAUCAGACCAGUGCAGGAUUCAGUCAACCAGGAUCAAGGUAUUUCAAACCCAUUCGUCAACCAUCAACAUCUCUUGAAUCGGAAGCACCUCGUUUGGGCAGCUGCUACGAGAAUGUAACUGAAGCCGCCAGUCGCAAUGGUAUCGAGAAGGCAUGUCCCAGUGGACUUCUGUUGAAGAUCAACUCCGAAAUCAAUGAAAUGAGGCCACUGGUUACUCAAAAAAUGACUAUUGGCGGACUCUGUUUGGAGGACAGAUGGACCUGGACUGGGGGAAGCAGCGUCACCCUCGUCUGCACCAACGACUGCCUUGUGUAUAAUCACACUUCAACUGACGAAUGUACUUCAGUUGUCAUGCAAUGGAAGUAUGUGUGUCAAGUCUAAUUGGUCUAAGUAUUCAAACUCUUUCAAACUACAUAUACUCUGCAACAAAAACAACCGCAAAGUGAUUUAAGAUGUAAAUGUUACGUAUCAUAUAGAUACUCGCAUGGUAUAUAGUAAUAGAUGAUGAUCGAAUGUUAAAAAAUGGCACACAUCAUUGUCAUUUACCCAGAUUUCGUAUGGCAUACAUGGAACAGUAGAUUUUCAAGAAGGUCAACUCUUCUCAAUCUCUUGCUUGUAUAGCCGCAAGUGUCGGGCGUUGCCUUGUUAGAUGUGUAGCCGAAGAAUCUCAUCCGUGUACCGUUGUGCCGAUAAAUUCCCCAGAACUUGCACCAAGUCUGUUCUACAAGUGUAGGAAAUGGCUGCUCACAUCGUCACACUGCCAUCACCAAAUCUGUGUAGUUUCGUGCAUAACUUUCCCCGCGUAAACACGACGUCUACCAUCCGCACGGCGAAGCAUAACACAUGACUCGUCACUUAACCCAAUUUGUCCCAUCUCACUGGUGACCAUACUCUAUAACCUUGACACCACUGACGUCGCAGCCGACGAUGCAGGUCCGUCAAGUUGACACCUCGAACUGGUCGUCUGGCGUGAAUACCCUCUGCGCGGGAACGGUACCUCACUGUCUGGGCCAAUAUCCUACACACAUCCUGGUAUUACCGUAGUUGUAGUGGUGGCGGUGGUGGUUCCUUCACGUAAAAGACGUAGCUGUAUGAGUCUUCCCUGUGCUCUGGUAGUGAUACGUGUUCGUCCGGAUCUGGGGAGGUCGGUUGUUGUCGCGUGUCUCUGAUUACGGUUCCACACUCUUGUAAUGGUGCUUGGUGCUACGUGGAAAAACCUGCUUACAGCUUAAGAUGAUUCUUCUGUUUGCACUUGGCCGAUGGCGUUGUUGCGUUUGGCUUCCGUCAGGCAUGGUAUAUUUUCGCUGUUCACCUGUUGUAAGAUUGUGAUGGCAUGCAAAGGAAAGCCCAGCGUUUUUAUAGCCCAACAAGUGAUGUUACACGUGCAUGUCAAUGUUGGUGUGUUUUAGCGCCAGAGUAUCACGUGGUUGUGAUUUAUCCUCAAUCUCAAUCCAUGCAGAAAGAAACAAACCAUUUUUUAUAUUAUUUGUGUACGGCUGUCGGCAGCACUCAGUCAGGUAUUUACAAUUUAACUACAUUUGCGUUACAUUUUUGUGCAGAGUAUAUGUCUGUUCUGUCUGUGGGUACUGUCAUGUGUUACAAAACGAAUGGAAUAUUGUGACGCAGUUUACUCCAAAUCAUGGUAAUGUUAUUGAAUGCUUUUCCUGAUAAGUAUCUCGCCCCACAUUUGAAAAGAACAAGACAUUAGGUUAGGUUAUCUGUAUCCCUGGCAGCGUAGUUGCCCCAAACACGGAAUAGUUACCAUGAACUAAAUGUGUUUGAUUGUUGUUCAACGCCGCACUCAGCAAUAUUCCAGCUAUAUGACGGCGGUCUGUAAAUAAUCGAGUGUGGUCCAGACAAGCCAGUGCUUGACAUCACGAGGGUCGACCCACGUAAUUGGUAUACAAUGACAUGCAUCAACCCUGUCAGCUAGCCUGACAACCCGAUCCAGUUAGUCUCCUCUUACGACAAGCAUAGUCGCCACUUACGACAAGCAUAGUCGCCAUUACAGCAAGCAUGGGCUGCUGAAGAACGGAUCACUAUCGAACUUGUUUGCAACUGAAAGUUUGUGUUUGACAUUACUAGAUGUUGAUUUGCGGUGUUAACAAGAAUAACUUACAUGUCAGCAUCUGUAUGUUUAUCUGUUGAUAUUGAUGUUCAUAUUCUGUGGCUUUUUGUCGUAAUCAAAUCAUAUCAGGACCAGAUCUAUGUUUAAGUAUUAAACAUCAAAACCAAUAAAUGCAAUGAUCUGUUUUUGCUCUUUAUAUGUGCACAUGUGAAUGUUUGCCGUAUUAACUGAAUCUUAGGACAGUGUUGUAAAUGUGUUCAGUGUUGUUGUCACAGCAGUCACCCAUUGUCUGUAGCCUGUUUUAUUAAUUAAUAUUAAAAUAAUGUAUCCUAAUAUUACAUACAAUAUAACAUAUAAUAUAGUAUUAUACAAUAUGACAUUUUGCAUUGGUACUGUGCGUCUUAUCUGCAACUGUUUAGAUAAUACUGAUCACAUUCCAAAGACACUGUUCGCCCUCGGUUAGUAGAGAGGGGGUCGAUGGACGACAAGACUCUGGCCCGUCUCUGGGGUCAAGUUUUAGACGACAGCAGUCAAGUUAAUGAAUUGUUGCAGGUUGAAAAAUGGUACAAGUAAUUAUAAUCACGUGACCGGAUGCACAUCGAGGCUGAGUAGCCAGUAUCCCGGUGCGGAGACCCGCUCUGUCACUUACACACAGGCAGAAAGUCGGACGGCGUUUCUUCAUCGUUUGUGUAGUCGUUGGUGAAGCGACAGCCCGCCCGCUCUACAAGUCUACCUGAUUAACCAUAUCGGGCAGAUUUUGUAGGCAGAAGUAUAACAUAAUCAAGAUCAGUUUCCCACGUGCAUGUACAUACGUAAGACCCGGCUACGUGAGGAAGUGUUAAUUAUCAUUUAUUGAUAGCGCUGACGUUUAUAGGUUCUGACCGGGGGAGGGUAGAUGAGAUAGCCGAUUGUUUGCUGAAUAUUUUAAACAUACUUUGGAAGCAUAUUAUAACCAUAAGUUAUUUUGGACGAAUGACGUAUUCAACUUAUUGAAGAGGUUGAAGUGAAAGUUAUAUUAAUUUCACAACGUUAAACAUAUUUUUCUUACUUUAUAUUCGCCCUUUUUAUUGGCUUGUCGGUUAUUUUUGGAAAUAGUUUGAAUAUGCUAAGGCAGACAUAAUCAACACUGAUUAUUAUUUAGAAUUGACGUUUUAUACUGUAUUUGGUGUGUAAAGUACAAACAGGUGUUGCGCUCAUAGAACAACAGAGUUUUGAAAACCAUGCAAAGCUUGUAUAAGCUGUGCAUAAUGUUGAAUAUAAACUGUUGUAGACUGUGGAUUGGUGGUUUUGUGAAUCGAGAAAUUGCAUGAAUAAUCUGAUGUCCAUUCAUGGUUAACCUUAGUGAUAACGUGUCAUUUUAACCAUUUAUAUGUGCCUUCCUUCAAGGAAAGUUAUUUUUAAUGGAAAUAUAUUUUCCCACCGAUCUUCUCCGUAAUAUUGCAAAUACGAGAGGGUGAAUUAUAAUAAUAAAUAAUAACGACAAAACUCUUUACAACUUCACAAGCACCCGCCAUCAAGGUUGCCUGUAUAUAGUACUAUACGUAUCCACUGAUACAUAUUUACAUAAUAAA